CCGAAGAGGCGUGGCAGACCUGGCACGAUCCCGUUGGGCUCGUUCCCGAGGCAGUGUCACGUGGUGCUGGUGCGCGGUUGUCAGUGCGGGAAGUAGCACGCGCUCAUUCGCUCUCCACUUUACGGCUGGAGCAGCAGCUGAGGAGCCUGGUCUGUGCCAGUGGCGAAAAACCGUCGACUGUGAGGAUUGGGCAGAGAUGAAUCCUUAAUCUCGCAAGGAUUUAAGGGCUACGUGGAGAGUGCAGAUGAUCGUGUGCUACCUUCUUGAACCAUUCCAGUUUGUGUAAUAUCGAUUAAAAACCAGAAGAACUGCAAAUGCUGGCAAUUAGAAAGAUAAACAAAACCCUUGGGGGCCACUGGGCCAGGAUGUUAACUGUGAUUUCUCUCCACAGACCAGAACGUAAUGACGACAACAUCUCGUCUGCAACGGCUGAGAAAUCUGAUGCAGCUUGGUCCAAGUCAGAGUAACACCCUGUCAAAGUAUGGAGGACACUUCUAACACCGAUGUUGAAGUCUCCCUACAGUUGGUUGGAAUCCCUAGCACCAUGGACCCUCCUAAUCAUGCCAAUCGUAGAGGAGAUCAGCAGUCUCCCACAGAAAACUUAAACCACAGCGAAGAUGAGCGCAGUCGACAGUUGGAGCGUCUGAGUCGAGAGGAAGCAUAUUACCAGUUUAUCAAUGACCUGAGUGAGGAAGACUACCGACUUAUGAGAGACAGCAAUCUUCUUGGCACCCCAGGUGAAAUUACAGCAGAAGAGCUACAACAGCGUUUGAAUGGCGCAAAGGAGCAACUAACAACACAGAAUGCUCUCGGAACCUAUGAGCAUGAACAAAGUCAGAAUCAAGGCUCUGAUACACCAGGAGAAAGUUCGAAUAGUGAUUCCCUUCUUGAGUGGCUUAACACAUUCAGGCGUACAGGAAAUGCAACCCGCAGUGGACAGAGUGGAAACCAGACAUGGAGAGCUGUUAGUCGGACAAACCCCAACAGUGGCGAGUUUCGCUUCAGCUUAGAAAUUAAUAUUAAUCAUGAGCAUGAUGCUGGCAAUGGUCAGACUUUGGACACGCCUACACUAGAAAAUAGGGACAGAAAUGUAGAAGGUGCUCAACUACUAAGUUUAUUGACUCCUGUUGCUAGUCGUACAAGAAGUCGCACUCGAGCCCACGUGCAAGUGACCAAUUUUGAAAGUAAUUUUGGAGGCACAGUGAGAGUUGAAGAACUUGAAACCAUGCAAGUUUCUCCACCUUCAACUCAAAGGAGUUUCAGAAGUGCAUCUAUUGAAAGAUCCACAGGUAGGCUAAGGCCCAGGAGACCAAGCACUAACCGACGAGCUGUUUUAAGUGCAGCAGUUGACCAACAAAUAGGAAGACGAAGAGCAGGGCGACAUCGUGUUCGAAGAAUACAGGAAGAGGAACAGGAACGUCGAAGUGACCCUGCAGAGUUGCAAAGACAUAGUGUUCCAACUACUGUUAGAGAGAGUCGUGCACGACGGCACCCUGAACAACGUAGAUCUUCCAGGAAUUUUCAAAACCAACGGAGUCGUUCACCCAUACAUAGAACAAGUGUUCCUGUAAGUUCUUCGGAUAGGUCUUCUUCCCAGCAGGAUGAUUAUUUACAACCAAGACAAAGCACUAGAAGGCAACGGACAAUGGACCAAUCAACCAUGACAACUGAGGAACUGCAGGCUGUCAGUAGCAAUCCUUCCCUGCAGUCAACAGCUGGUGGAAUGCUUAGACAGCAAGUUGUGGAUGACGGAGAUGUAAACCAUCCCAGUGGAUCCUCUGUAGCUGUUCGAAGGCACCCAACUAUUAUGUUAGAUCUUCAGGUUAGAAGGAUACGUCCUGGAGAAAGUAGAGAUCGUGACAGUAUUGCUAACAGAACUCGAUCUCGUGUCCGAAUGGCAGAAAAUACAGUGACCUUUGAAAGUGACAGUGGUGGUUUCCGCCGUACUAUCUCACGGUCUGAACUUGCAGGUAUUAGGACUUAUGUUAGUACUAUCCGUAUACCUUUACGUAGGAUAUCUGAAACUGGGCUAGGUGAGCCAUCAUCCAUAGCCUUAAGGUCAAUACUUCGUCAGAUUAUGACAGGAUUCGGUGAACUAAGCUCUUUAAUGGAAAAUGAUUCUGAUUCUGAACUUAACCAAAGAGUUCAGCAGAACCAGUCUGAGAGGUCUGAUUCAGUAAGCUCGCAGAUUAGUCCGAAUAGCAAUCUCUUAAAUUUAAAUAACGAAUCAACUGACAUAUUAACAGGAGACCGAUCAGAAAGUGAACAAAUGAACGAAAGCAUGCAGAAUGAAACCCUUGACAAUGCUGUUGAAAGCCAAGAGACAAGACAAAGUCGAGACACAAAUAGUUUAGUAGAAAAUGGAACCCUGCCGAUCUUGCGGCUUGCUCACUUCUUUUUGUUGAAUGAUGAUGAAGAAGACGAGCGCCAGAGGGGUUUGACCAAAGAACAAAUUGACAAUCUUUUGACCCGGAAUUAUGGAAAUGUUAGUGCAGAAAAUGAAGUCAGCAAAACCUGCAGUGUAUGUAUUAAUGAUUAUGCAGUUGGGAACAAGCUUAGAAGGCUACCUUGUGCGCAUGAAUUUCAUAUUCAUUGCAUUGACCGUUGGCUUUCUGAAAACUCCACCUGUCCUAUUUGUCGACAGCCUAUUUUGGGCUCCAGUAAUUGACUGACUUGAGAGGGAGUAUACGGCAUCCUAUCCAUUUUGGAAACUUUAAAGCACUAAAAAUCUGAGUUAUAGGAAUUUGUAAAGCAAAUGUUAUAGAUUCUAUUAUAGAACCAUGAAAUACAUUCUUAUUGCUUCUUGCUGAAGCUUUAUUUUUUUAGACUUUUUUUUUGUUAAGCUGAGCACUUUGUCAUUGGAAUGAUUGGAACUGAAAGUGAGCCAAGCAGAAGUAUAUAAUUGUACAUGAUUAAUCAUAUCUAACACACUUGUAGAUGCAAUUAUGGUUUAUAGUGUGCUCUUUUUGUUACAGGAUAACAGUGCAAAUUAACAUAAGGCAAUUGUCGUUCAGGUCUGACUGAUAGUACAAAUCAUCUGAUGGGUAGAAUUAAAUUGCCCUUGAUCAUUGUUUAUGAUAUACAAGAUGAAACUUUACAGAUUGAUAAAAUAAGCUUGGUAUUCUGCAAAUAAAAAAAACACAUUUACAACAGAAUAGACUGAUUUUUCUGCCAAAUUACAAUGAGACUUCUGAUAUUUACCAUCAGCACUAUUAAGAUUAGUCAAAAAUUUAAAGAAUCAUUUGAUAUGUGUUUUGCUAUUAUGAGUCUAUAAAUGCAAUAUUUAUUCCAUUGUCUCUUGUCUUCCCUGCCCCACCCACCUGCCCUGAUCAUUACCAUACAAAUAUUCUUCCCUCCAUGCCUGAAAACUUCUUCACUUUAUGAAUUUUUGCUGUAAGUUGGGCAAACUUGGUCACCCAAGUUAUGUCACUAAAAGAGUUAUAUCAAAUUUACUGAUGAAAGUUUAACAUAAUUUUCCAAAUUAAUCUGCCCAAUUUGGCAUUUGAGCAUCUUGAGUAGAAGGGGCAGUUUGCAAGUUGUGAUUUGGUGAGGCACUGUGUUUUCCUUCGCAGUUUCAUGAGUUCCUGGAAAAAGAACCUUUCCUUGCUAAUGGAUUUUUGUUUGAUUGAAGUGGGAUGCAUAAAAUCCAACAAAGCAGGAUGUGUGGGUGCCGGGAAAUGGUUAGCUUUUUGGCCAGUUAGUUGUCCACUGAAAGCUAACAUUUAGAUACAACAAGCAUCAAGGCAAGUGAUUUGUUGGCCAUUAUUACAACCAUGUUUGACUUUGAGGGAAAGAUGUCUUACGACAAUUAUAUAAAGCUUUGGUAAGACCAGACUGAGUAUUGUGUAGCAUUUUGGUCUCUGUCCAUGAAAAGAUAUAUUUGCCAUAAAGGGAGUGUUGAAAAGGUAAAUUCAAAUUUUGGGGGUCAAAGAGAAACAAAGAUGCCUUGAAAUGGCUCCACUCUCUUCAGAAAGUAGGAGUCUGACUGGAAUGUUACAUUAAUUGGCCAUUUUCUGGUGCCAUCGGUUUUCCUUCCCACUGAGUUGUCCAGGCUCAGAUCAGGCUCUUUAAUGUCUGCGAAGGUAGUUCCAUCUUAAUUUCUUGGUACA